UCUUUUUUUUUUGAUCAUUAAUUUCUCUCUUUCGUUUGUCUGUAGCAGCGUGGUACGACCCUCCAUUUUGUCAAAGCCUUAUGCCUGUAACCUCCAUUUUUUCUCCCCCUUUUCAAUCGUUUCCACUGUUCCUUAGUCGUUUUUUCCGUGUUCUUCGAUCUCAGCAUCCAUGGCAGAUCGAGAAUUCUAGGGUUUUUUCGUACCCUAGCGGCGGGAGCCCACCUUCGCUUUCAUCCUCUUUGAAAAACCACAGUUUUCAUGGUCUCUUUCCCAUUUUAAACUGAAAAGAAUCAUGUCCCCCCUCCUUUAUAUUCAUUUUCUCUCUGUAAUAUCUUUACGUGGCUUAAAGCUCGACUCCUUGGCGGCCAUGAUCGAAUCCCAGUUUGGGUUUUUUUUCUCUCUCUAGAUCGAUGGACAUCUCUCUCUGAUUCUGAAUUUUAGAACCCUCUUUUGUACCACAGAUCUGGUUGAGGAAAGCCAAGUUUUUGUUCUUGUUUGAUAGGAGAAAUAUGAUGGUUUUUCUGGGAUUUGUUACUCAGUAUUAGGGUUAGGGUUUCAAUAUCAGGGUUAGGGUUUUUCUGGUUUAGGGGGUUCAAUGGAUGAGGUGGAAGAAGCUAAUAGAGCAGCUGUUGAAUGCUGCCACAGAGUGUUGAGCCUUUUAUCUCAGCCCCAAGAUCAGUUACAGUUGAAAACCCUUAUGGGUUCCACCACUUCAGAGGCUUUAGUGAAAUUUCAGAAGGUUGUCUCUCUCCUGAACCAGAGAUUAGGCCAUGCAAGGUUCAGGAAAGCCCCUUCGAAACCUUCCACGUGCCAGCAAUCUCUACUGGAGACCACCCAAAUCGAACAACCCAUCUCUGAUUCCAAAACCCAACUUCAAAUUCAGGGACCAAACACCCAUUUACAGAUUAUUCAGCAACAGCAGAUUCAGCACAUGAUGCAGUUUCAGCAACAAAUGAAGUUGCAGGCCCAAGCUGAUCUCAUGUACAGGAGAAGCAACAGUGGGAGCAUGAAUUUGAAGUUUGAUAAUUCGAGCUGUACGCCGACGAUUUCAUCGAGGUCAUUCAUUUCAUCACUGAGCAUGGAUGGAAGUGUAGCUAGUAUGGAUGGGAAGCCGUUCCAUUUGAUUCCUGCUUCUUCCCAGGAUAGAAGUGGUCAUAGCCAGAAGAGGAGGUGCUCUGGUAAAGGUGAAGAUGGGAGUGGGAAAUGUGGCACCAGUGGGAGAUGUCAUUGUUCAAAGAGAAGGAAAAUUAGGGUGAAGAGAUCCAUUAAGGUUCCUGCAAUUAGUAACAAGCUUGCUGAUAUCCCUCCUGAUGAGUAUUCAUGGAGGAAGUAUGGACAAAAACCAAUUAAAGGUUCUCCUCAUCCAAGGGGAUAUUACAAAUGUAGCAGCAUGAGGGGUUGCCCUGCUAGGAAACAUGUUGAGAGGUGCUUAGAAGACCCUUCAAUGCUAAUAGUCACUUAUGAAGGGGAGCACAACCAUUCGCGUUUAUUAUCCCAACCCAAUCAAUCUUAGUGUUUCAACUUGGCUAGCCUCAGUUUGAAACGUUCUACCCUGUGCUCUUUCAUCUUCGUGGCUGCCAUUUACCAAAACGUUGUCCUGUAAAUACGGGGGUGAUGGAGAAGAAAUACAGAUGGGAAAAGGUUGGUUUUUUGAGCCAUUGUGGCCUUUUUGGAGUGAGACAGGCUCCCUGCAAGAUGAAAAAGAAAAAUGUAAGAAUUGUUUUUAUGGUGGCUGCAUCCUACUUUGAUCCUUUUUUGCUUCCUUUUUCUUAUUCCACAUUUCACACUCCAGAGUACUUACUUUAAUCUCUCUUGUCUGGCCCUGUUUUGAUCUGAGCUUUUCUGGUUUUGAGUAAAAUUUUGUUUUGCAGA